AAAAAAUCCACACAGACACACAUUCCCCUUACCAGCCAGCAAACAUCAACUUGACAAGCGCGGUCAAGAUCAUGAGCUAUCCCCCGCCACGAAACAAGAACAGAAGCAUGAUUGCUAGGCAGAACUACAGAAACAGAGAACGCGUAAAAGAUGCGACUCUCGACCCCAAACCACGUUCUUUCCACCCUGUGGGGAAAAUAAAGCCGAAAGUAGAAUAGUCUACUAGUUCUCCCUCUGCCGUCUUAGCCUAUCGGCAUCAGAAAAGCAAACAAUAUCGCACAACUUGAUAUCUCGUCAUGGCAACUUCUCGGAAAGCGAAAUUUCGCAAGCUGGCGUCGGCUGACAGCCUGCACAAUUCGAACACGAGUGGAGAUCUGGACAUCAACAUCGUGACACAGCAGCACCGGCGCGGCCACACAGCCAGUCCACCUCCUGGUGCUAACGGUGGUCACAAUAACAAUUCCGAAGAUGACUCCUCGGACGCCGAAGUUGAUGGCGACGCGUACUCCUCAGAGGAGGACGAAGACUAUUUGUCCAGCGAGUCCGAGUUUGUGCCGCAAGCGAACUACGCUGGCCUGGACGGAAACAAAGACGAGCUGGAGGAUGAUUUCGGUGCAAUCCAGGACGACGAUCUCGACUUCUCGUUCUCAACAUCAAGGAACCCAAUAUUAACUCGGAGGAGUGUCGGGCGAGGGAGCGUUGGGAGGAAACAAACCAGGAGGAAACGCUCGCGGUCAUCUGGCGGCUUUAUGUUUAUUAACGGCCGCACUCAGCAUGAAAGAGUCUUCGCGGGAGGAGCAGCAGAAGGUCAAGACGAUAGUACCAGCGGUGAACAGCACCAGCGAGAGAUGAAAACUCUGGAGCAGCAAAAAAAGGCAGAAUUCCAGCAAAGCCAGAAGCAGCAGCAGUUUCAGGCGGCGGCGUCGCUGUUCAAGAACCUGAAGAACAAGGUCGCCGGUCACAUUAUUUGGAACGCGUUUCAGGACCUGUUUGUCAAGAACCGAUCGAAAUUCGAUCCACGAAAGCUCGCAGCCCACAAACUGAAGGACGAAAUCGCGAUCGUGGAUACCUGGGUCGAGCAGGGGCGAAAGGAACGGUGGGCGGUGGAAGAGACGAGUCUGUCGAAGGAGAACCAUACGACCACCAUCUUGAAGGCAAUUCUCGGCGGAAAGGGCGGCGGGAGGUUAGGCGUUGGCUUGGGGACUUCUAGUGCCGCCAGCGCACAGCAUUUAGCCCAGCAACUUCUUGACAUGUCCAGCACCUCCAACGCCGCGGCGAUCGGCAGCAAGCAGAAGCAACAACGAACAAAAGAGAACUUUGGAUCCGCUUCUGCUGCUGCGGAUAGCAAAAACGUGGAAACGGAAAUAGGCCUGCAUUUGCUGCUCGGAAGCGGGGAGAAGGCUGUGGCGACCGUGAACGCGAUCUUGCUGCAACUACACGCGGAGCUGGCGGAUACGAUCGCGCGAGCAGCGCUGCGAAAUAUCGAAGAAGUGGAGGGCCCAGCGUUGAGCAGUACUUAUUUGACGCUAGUUUUGCGCGUUUAUUUUUUUUUUUGGUUUCAUGAUCUUCCACUUCUUACUUUUCUCGAUUUGCAAAAUAGUUUUUCGGAACAACGAACAAGUAAAGUGUUGCCGCCGCUUGCUGGUCGUCUCGCACUCCAAUUAGGAGAUGCAACGGCACGACUCGCAACCUCAUUUGUCGACAGUCCUGACAGAAAAAAUCCAUUUGAAUUCAUAACAUGCACACUUCAGCCGCGGAGCUUCAGCGCCAGCGCGACAACCGAACUUCCCGCUUCAAAAUGGCGACUGCAGGAACCUCAGCUGCCACAGCAAAAGACGCAGUUGGUGCUGAUGACCACGCAGAAAAGGUUGAUCAGGACGAAAACCCGGCAGGAGCUGCGGAACAGAACAAGGAUGAGGAUGAAGAGGAAGACUCCGCGUCUGACAUAACAAUUCCAGAUAAAGAGAAAGAGCGGCUGGAGCGGGUCAGUAAAGUUGCCGAGGUCACGAACCCGCUCACCCUGGAAGUCGACGUCCCCACCUCGGUUUUGUCGUCAAUUUCUGCGCUUGCCAGUAUUUCUUCUGGUGGAACUGUGCCGAGCGGGACCGUUUUUGGUGACCAUGAUCCAUUGACCAGCUCCUCCUCCCCAGCGACGCUUUACGACUUUUGCUCCUCACAGCUCGCGCUCCCAGCGGAAGGUGCAGGUGGCAUCAACGACCAGCAGCCUGACGAUUUUUUUGUGAGUAAUUUUGUGCGGGCCAUGGAGCGCAACGCCAGCACAAUGACAAUGGAUCGCAACGUGAGCGCGGUCACUGCCGGCACAGUGGGCGGCACAGCCAGCCUCGCAAGCGACGCAGCAGUCGCCUUUCCCCCACCACUGCCCUCUCCACUAGCUUCGACGGCCACUGUAGGAGGAUCGUUAGGCGCGCAACUGCAAAAGGCCCAACGGCAACAGUUCUACCUCUUAUCCGCUCUAGUAUACGGCUCAGAUGCUGGAGGUUCAGGGGUUGUUGACCAGAGCGGAGGUCCAGUUGUGAGCAGUGAAGGGGCAGCACCAGGAGCAGACUCUGACCGAAACAAUGUUGCAUCUUCUCAAGCGAGAAAAUCACCAGAGGUGUCGAGCGAACAAAGGCAGUUGUAUUCGAGGCAGUUUCAAGCACUGGCGCAAGCGCGAAUCAAGAUUGUCAACGUGGACCCCGGAUCCGCACACGAAAUGCUGAAGAAGCGCAAGGUUUCGCAUAAGCUGCGACAGGUUUUGGACCGGGUGCAGCAGCAGACGUUGCGGGAAAGGGAAAGACUCCGCGGCAUACAGGAACUACUGAAAGCGAUCGGCGGAGGAGGAUCCGGACAACCACCCGCUCUUGAGGAUGUUACACCAGGAGAGACGAAGAAGAAAAAAAAGCGCAAAUCAGAGAAGUCUCCAAAGAAGAAGAAGCGAGAACAGGCGGGAAAGACCGAUGAAGAUGAUCAGGAAGAGCGCGGCGUCGAUGAGGAAAUUAUUGAGCUGGAGGACGACGAGCAACUACCUGCUGCAACGCUUGACGCACCGCCCACGAACAACAGGGCGGAUAACGAGCCACGAACAACAACUAUGGGAAAUUCUACGGGUGCAGAGGACGCAAGCAAAGUAGCUGGAGAAGAAGAUCCAGACUCACCUGCUCCUGCGCUGGAGGACAUCGAGUUUUCGAUCGAGGACGACGCACUGGACGAGUUGUCAUCCUCUCUCGCAUCAAGCGACAGCGAGGACGAUGAUGCCAACACGACCGGUGACGAGAUGAUGAAAACUUCCCGCAAAACCAAGUCCAAGAAAAACAAAAGAAAAACUAAAACUCCGAAGCAGUUCACGGGUUUGAGCAAAAAAACGAGGCUCGAAGACCUGCUUUUAGACGUUCAGCAGCAGCAGCAGUCAUCGAGCGACAUCUUUUGCCACCCUGUCAACAGUGACGGGAAUCCUUUUGCGACGGGACCAGAUUUCGGGCCUUCAGACAUCGAUCUUCUCGGAGACGGCGGUGCGCAAGGUGGUAAGACAAAAAAGCAGAACUGGACGUCUCGGCUGAAUUUGAACGAGUCCAAAGGCCUCUUAUCCCAUCCGACCUUUCGGCAAUUGAUGCACAACGAGACCCAGGAUCAAGUGAUUGAGUUGGUCGGAAGCACGUCGUUUCGACACAAGCAGGCGAUCAAAGAUUUCGAAAACAAGUCGAUCGCGCACACGGAAUACUGCGAAUUUCGCACGCGGCAGCAGUGCGAGCACAACCGCGGGCCCGGGGUGGUGUGCAAAAAGAUCCACUUCAAACGCGUGAUCCGCCCCUGGACGGAGUUGGCACUGGGGGAUUGCAGUUACUUGAACACCUGCAGGAAAAUGAACACUUGCAAAUACGUGCACUACACCCUGGAUCUCACCUUCUCGCAGACGCAAGAAAUCUCCAGCAAGCUGGGCCAGAACUUCGCCUCCAGCAACCAAAACGCCGCCAGAGGUGGGGGUGAGGGCGGAACAGCUAACGACGACAGUACUAACGCCAACAAAACCAACAACGCAAAUGCGUUGUUGAAUGUGGAAGCACAGGACGCGCGGAAAAUCAACGAGUUGCAGAUCCGCCACGCGCUCCCUUCGCAGUGGAUCAAUUGCGACGUGCGGUCGUUCGAUUUUGGCAUUCUGCACAACCAGGUGGAUGUGAUCAUGGCGGACCCACCGUGGCACAUCCACAUGGAGCUUCCCUACGGCACGUUGACGGACGACGAGAUGCGGUCCCUACCGAUCGAGAAGGUGCACGACAACGGCAUGAUUUUCCUGUGGGUGACCGGGCGCGCCGCGGAGCUGGCUCGGGAUUGCAUGAAAAAGUGGGGCUACAAGCGCGUCGAGGAGAUCAUCUGGGUGAAAACGAACCAGCUGCAGCGCGUGAUUCGCACUGGGCGCACGGGCCACUGGCUAAACCACAGCAAGGAACACUGCAUCGUGGGGAUCAAGGGGAAGCCGCGCGGCAUGAACCGCAAUCUGGACUGCGACGUCAUCGUGUCCGAGGUGCGCGAGACCUCGCGCAAGCCGGACGAAGUGUACAACCUGAUCGAGCGUAUGUUCCCGACCUCCCUGAAACUCGAGAUCUUUGGUCGCCCGCACAACGCGCACCGGAACUGGGUCACGUUGGGCAAUCAGCUACUGGGUGUGCACUUGUGCAACGAGGAGUUGGUGCGGAGGUACAACGAAAACUGCCUCAAGGACGGGGAGCCCCCGGUCGAGCCGUUUGACCCCAACGACCCGAACGAAGCAAAUCGUAUUGACUUUUUUACAUGAUUUUUCGACCACCUUUGUUUUGGUCUUAAUCUUGUUCUGCCUAUCUCAUUGCUCAUGGUCAUGCGUCUUUGAUACGAAAAGCGAUCUUUCCUCUGCCAGUACUUGUGUACCAAGUACUGAACAAGAUAGUACAGCAGAAUGUUGAUCGUCGGAUGCUAAUUUUGAUAUUUUGUAUAUUAUAAACAUAAGCGUACAUGAUGACACCCGUAUAGAAUCUGCUUACCAAGUCUGACCCACUUAGUGAGGAGAAACUAUCUCAUCGCCAGAACUGAUCACUUACAAUGAAAACUUUCACGUUGAACGUUCGGAUUUCACUGCCGAAAGCUCUCUCCUCAACACCACUCCAUUGUGAUUGUUGAUGAUCAGCGUUGUGUAAGCGGCCACGUCUACGUCGGGCUAGAUCAAAAGAAAGAGAUCAAACCGUGAUGACACCCGUUAGAAUCUGCUUACCAAGUCCGAUAUUGACUACGUGAGGAGAAAACUAUCUCAUCGCCAGAACUGACUCUCAGCAUCAGCACACUCACGCACUCGCCUACGUGGCUACUUUCUAUCUCAUUUUUUGUCGUAUUGCAAUGAUGAGCCACAAUUUAGAUGACGAGUCGGAUUUCCAUUCUAGCGAUGGGAGGUUUUUGCGUUCUGCAAAACCUGCCUCGCGACCCAACUUGUCAGGACGAAAAAUCGAGGCAUUUGGCUGAGUUAAGUUCUCGUUAUUUGCGCAAAUAAGCUGCAACAUUCCCUCUAAGCGAUAUGCAUAUGAUGUGUAUUUCGUUGCAUUUCGCGGUGCAAGGUAAAACGCAUGAUGAGACACAAUUUAGAUGACGAGUCGGAUUUCCAUUCUAGUGGCUAACGGCGAACGCGUUCUGCGUUCCUUGUUUCCGCGACCCAACUUGUCAGGACGAAAAAUCGAGGCAUUUGUCUGAGCAUUUGCAUGUAUGUUAAAACAGCGGCACACAGAAAAAUUCCCAUUCGUUUUGCAUGUGUCGCGUCUUCUACAACUUUCGUCCUCGCACCAGGGUGAUGUAUUUGUUGCAGUAGUACAGAAAGACAAAGUAGAAAUUUCGUCUAUUCAGAACAGAAGUGAAAGUGCAUGUGUUGCAUCUUCUACCAGUUGAAAAACAUAAAUGUAUCAGGUGUGGCCUGUGCCGACGAAUUACCUCCAGAACCCGAGGAAGAGGCGAAGCGCAUCCGUGACGGUGGGAAACCCAUGGCGCUGACCGAUAGUGGCCAACAAGGACAGCAGCAGUAUGGUAACGCUGCAGCCACAAAUGCGGUUGGAGGCAAAAACGGCAGCAAUUACGGGCAGCAGCAGUACAACCCCAAUUCAGGAGGUGGCGGGAAGCAAGGAUACAACAACUUUGGGGGACAUCAUCAACAGCACCACUACCAGCACCAGCAGGGCAAGAAUUACAACAGCAACCAAAAGCGAGGCGGAGGCGCUUGGCAGCCUCCGACGUCAAGCAGCAGUAAGCACGGAGGUGCUGGGUCAACAUAUGCUACUUCCGCGAGACCAGGACCACCACCAGCCACUGGCGCUUGGCAGCCACCUGCAGCUGGAGGCGGAGGUCCUCAUCCUCUGGGCGGCGGUAAGAAGGGAGCUGCACCUCCUGGCGGAGGUGGUCCACCAACUGCGGCUGGUGCGGGGGGGCCCGCGAUGGGUGCAUGGGUGCCGCCGCUGGCGGUUCCAGCACCCGGAGCCAACAUCAAGGGCGUAGCUCCCGUCACCGCAACCAGUUCCUCGGCCGUUUACUCGAAUUUUGCUCCGCCGACGCCCCCGAAAAACCGCAAAGAAAGUGCGGAAUUUCGGACCGGAACGCAAGACAAGCCACCAUCAGUUUUACAACCUGUAAUUCCGACUACAAACGCAACUAGUAGCGCCUCUGCGCAUAAUAUUAAGGGAUCAUCUUCCUCUCUUCCGGCCAAUGCAGUACCGGUUGCAACUUCAACUGGUAAAAACCAGCAGAAGUCGAGCUCAUCACACACGGUGCUUGCGGCGUCCUCCAAUGCUGCGCUCGGCGGACCUGUUGCGCAGCCAGCCAUGGUUGUUGUUGGUAGCUCGUCGACGGCAACGGCGGGCGGGGCUGCAGCAGGAGCAACAAUAUCAGCUUCAACAUCCGUUCCUGCAGGUGGUGCCGCACAGAAUUCCUGGAAGCCGCCUGGAUCUGCGGCCGCGUCAGGCAGCAGCGCUCAACAACAGCAACAAGCAUCUUCUGGAACCACCACGAAUGCUGCCACAGGUGCGGUCGUCACGAACAUGAUCGCCUCCUCCUCGUCAAUGGCGCCUGGAACGACGAGCCACGGUGCGGCUGGUGGUCCGAAACCGGUCUGGGGCCAGCAGACGACUUGGUCUCAAAAAUCUCCUGAGGGGGAAGGUAAUUCUUCCGGCUGGGACAAUCUUGUUGCUGGAACGGGGACUGGGUCGUCCGCUAGUGCCGGCGCAGCCGCAGACGCCCAUGCAAAGCACCCAGCAGGAGUGCCGAUUGCGACCUCGGGAACUUCUGGUACUAGAGAGCAACGAGCCCAGAGUGGGCAAGUCCCUGGAACGAAUCCGCCUACGCUUCCCGCUGGAGCGCAGGUGCUCGUUUCCAGCAGCGGCCCAACUAUCGCGUCGUCCUCUGGAAGCAGGGUCGUGCCGACGGUUAUUGGUAGCUCCUCUGUGCAGCCGGUUGGGCAAGUUUUGGUCAGCAGCAGUGGUCCACCGCGACCUCCACCUGGUACGGCUAUAGCGUCCUCAACGCCAGGAGCAGCUGUCGGAACUACGACAAGUCAGCCUCAAGUCUUGAUCAGCAGUAGCAGCUCUGCCCCCUUUCAUCAACAGCAGCGGCCAUUGAGUAGUAGUGGUGCUGGUCCACAUCAACCACACGUAGUUCUCGGCAGUAGUUCCAAAGGCGGACACCCUCCGAAUGCACAACAGCACCAACCCAUGGUGAUAAUGUCCAGCUCUACAACGACCCUGAACGCUCCCCCGUCGAGCAGUGGCGUGAUACAGCCUCCUUCCUCGUCGAAGGGCGUUCCGAUGUAUCAUUCGCCCGGGGGACCGGCUGCGCACAACCAUAACCAACCACCUCCCCCAAUCCAGAGCUACGGAAAGAGCCCCAUGGGCGACGCGGCCGCCGCAAAUGGCGCAAAUAAAGACGGGUUUCAACAUCCGGGAGGGAAGAAUUUCUUUUCCGGAGGAUACAACCAUGGUGGCCAACAUCAACAGCAAUAUCCUCAUGGAGGAGCUCAGCACCACCAUCAUGGUGGUGGCAAAAGCGGCGGGAAAAAGAAAGAUCACCAAAGAGGCGGCUACCACGGGCACGGCUAUUAUGGCGGUGGUAAAAAUAGUUAUGGAGGAGGACAGCAAGACUACGACAACCCAAACGACAUUCCGCUUGGCGGAGGAAAAGGAACGAAAAAGUGAUGACGCGAAAAACUUUGUUUUUUAAUGAGUAAUGAAAACUGAUGUAAAAGCUAGCGGCGCGAAAGAACGCACGUGGAAGCGAAAGGAUGAGCG